AUGCGCGGCAUUUGCCUGCGUGGCGUGGGCAAAGCAGAGUUGACGACAGCAAACUUUCAGUCGUCCCGGCGCGCGGCCGGGAUGGCGUCCGGGGGUACCCUCCCCGCCGACGCGGCCGCGCAGGUCGCGAGGAUGAAGGAGCUCGAGCGCGGGAUCCUCGCCGCGGUGGACCGCGUCGCGGGCGGCGGCGGCGCGGCGUCGUCGUCGUCCUUCGCCGCGGGCGGAGGAAAGAUGAAGCGCGACCCCGCGCAUCUCGCGCGCGUCGGGAUGUCGAAGCUCCGAAGGGAGCUCAGAGAGCUCGAGGGGAUCGCGGAGGAGCAGGACAGGGCGACGGAUCGCGCGGCGGUCCUCGACGCGCUCGAGCAACGCGUCGCGUCGCACGACGGGAUACGUCGCAUCCUCAGGGACGCCACGCUCGAGGCCGCGAACAGAGCGCCAGAGGAGGAGGAGGAGGAGGAGGAGGGGAAGGAGGGGCGCGCGAGGGACUGCGACGUGGCGAACGACGCGGACGCGCGCGCGGCGCUCCUCGGCGAGAACGACCCCGCGACGAGAAAGAAGAAGACGCCGCGCGCGCGCGACGAGACGCCCGCGCUCGCGCUCGCGUCCGAGGCGACCGCGGGGUUGCGACGCGCGAGGGCGACGAUGGCGGACGAACUCAUCAAGGGCGAGGCGACGCUUAACGCGAUGGCGACGUCCAGGGCGUCGCUGAAGAGCGCGACGGACGAGUACGCCGGCGAUCAGAGGAGCGCGCUCAAGCGCGGGAGCGGCAUGCUCACCGUCAUCGAGCGGCAGGCGGUCCGAGCGCGGAUCGUGCUGUGGGUCGGGUUCGCGUGUUUCCUUCUCGCGUGCGCGCACGUUGCGCUGAAGCGGACGCCGCUGUUGGCGCGGUUUCAUCCGUUGUUUCACGUUCGGCGACGCGCGGCGAGGCGAUUGAGAGAGGCGAGCGAGGCCGCCGCGAGAGCAGUGGAGGAGGGGAAGCGCGCGAGCGCGAGGGCGAAGCGCGAGGGGAAAGGGAACGGCGCGGCGGCGGCGGCGGCGGCGGCGGCGGCGGCGGCGGCGGUCGCGGACGACGACGCGUUCCUGGACGGCGCGGCGGACGCCGCCGCCGCGGACGCGUACUCAUACGGCGGCGAUGGAAGUCUAGACGACGGGGGGUACGCGCGGCCGGACGUGGAGGUUGGCGAGUACAUGCGCGCGGACGAACCCCGCGUCGAACUCUAGCGACGAUGAUUGGACGUCGAGACGCGAACGACUC